GCCGCAUCCAAACCAGAGGAGGUGCGAAGCUAGGCGGCGCAUGCGCAUUUCGAUGUUUUUCCUGAAGAAGCUCAUGGCCGACAUUUGCGAAAUUUGCGGUACAAUUUCAAACGGCCUGGGGCACAAAUGAAUAUAUAUCCUAAUGGUGUAAAAUGAAUCAAGACAUGUGAAAAACACAGACACUCUAAAAAAGGGGAGAGAAUUUCCUUUGCUACGUUUAAAACCCAUUUCAGAAGCACUCAUCACAGCAGAUAAAGCAUGUCCAGCAAGCAAGACCCUCCACACCAGGCAGACUUAACAAAAAAUACUUAGAGAAAACAACUUAUAUAAUUAGAAAAAGCUGGUUGAACUCCUAUUAUACCUAUGCCUUGCAGUGAUACACUGUUUGAUGUAAUUGCUCACUGGCCUCAGACAGCAGAGAAGAAACAUGGAUGUUGUUGUCAUUGUGCUAAUGGAUAUUCCAAGAUAUAUUGCAGCAAGUGUCAAGUUUGCCUAUGUCUGAGAUGUUGGAGAAUUGCUUUGCUAACUAUUAUGCAAAUAAAACUUUUAUCAUGAAGCAUAUAUAUACUUCUUUUCAAAUAAUAUGUAAAGCACUUUAUUAUAAACAGAACAAAAUGCAACUAAUAAAAUAUGAAAGUUUUCAAUUUAUGUUAAUGUCACAAGUGUAGAUACAUGUAUUCCUACUGUUGAUUUUUGAUUGAUGGAAUGUCUUCCAGUGUUAAUGUGUAUGUAUCACAGUUAUCUUCCUAUAAAGAUUAGAAUCAAUAGAUUCAAAGUUUACUUAUAUUAAACCAUCGUUUUUUCACAGUAUGGAAUUGCUUUUGCUAGGACUGUGAAAAUUUUUUUGUGGACUUAUUUUGACAUACUUGAUAUGAAGAAAUUGCAAAAAUUUCAUAUGAUCACAUUUAGUUGAAAAUGUGAAAUAUUAUGAAAAGAUAUUUUUCAUUAAUUGAAAAGGCUGGAUCACAUCAAGAAUCUCAAUAUUGCAAAAGAAAAAUAUCACCUUUAUUCAGAAAACAUCAAUUUCAGGAAAGAAGUACUAGGUACUUCUGAUAAUCAUAUACCUUUUGGUGCCAUUAAGACCCAAUUUAGCAUAUUUUCAAUAAACCAAACCAUAAAAAAUAACAAGGAAAACAACAAUUGUCUGUAAACCUCUAUGUUUCUGAAUUGUUUUAUGGAAUUGUCAACGAUUUUCUACCAUAUUACACAAAUUUUGGUGUGCUUAUCUUGCAUCAAGGGAUUAAACUAAAGGUUAGUAAAAUGUCCCAUGUAUAAUGGUUUUGUAUCAUCGAGGAAGGGGAUUUAACAAAGUAACAUUGGUCAAUAAAGACUCUCACUUGGGGAACUUCCUUUAAAAUCUCUUUCUCAAUCCAGGUCCUUUAACUAUUUAAGUGAUCUUAACAGGUUUUGAGACAGAGUGAAAAGAAUUUUAAAUCUGAUCUUUUUAUGUUUGAAAAAACCUUAGUCAUAUGCAAAAAAACAUAGACAAACAUGAGGAAGAAAAAGUUCAAUAGAUAGGAAUUAUAAUUAUAAUAAAAUUGAUUUUGGCUUCUUGGUUAGUUUAGUUGUUUAUUUCUUUCACUGUAACUCUUUCUAAAAGAACAAUUUUAUAAACAUGAGCCUCAAAGCCAGUUAAAAGUUUUCAAAAUAAGAAAAGCCAGCCUUAACCUCAAUUUCCUGGCUCCUAUAAAACAGAAUGUAAGGCCUAAAUCAAUCAAGGUACAGGGGGUUAAAUCUUCAAGAAUAACAUAUGAAUUUGAUAUUUGUUGCUCAUUGAGCAAUUUUUGUAUCUUCUGUCAAAUUUGGGCUUCUGUGCUCUGCUGUACAUGUAUACAUAUAUACAGUUUGGCAAUGAGAUCUAAAAGCUAUAUAUAAUCAGUUCAGAGGUAAAUGAUAUAUUGUUUUUUAAGUUCUCUGUUUGUCAAACUCAUUAGUUUAGCGUUCUCUUCUAUCCGCGAGGUCCCAAGAAUUUGAAUUUGAAUUGGUGUAAAUGCCCUACGCUUGCAAUAAUCUUUGCUUCGAAGUUGAUCGCAAUGAUAAGCAGCAUCCAUACAGAUGUUAUAGCGACGGAUCCAGGGAACCUCUAUCCUUAAACCAUUGUUCUGACGCCUUUUUGGAUGUUAGGUUUUUCAAAUGAUCGGUAUUUCUUGAGAUAACAAGUAUCUUCUCUGCAUGAUUUCGUUUGUCGCUAAGCAGAGACAAGUUAACCAGUGCUCUGAAGAAUAUUCCUCGUUGCUACUACCAAAUAUUGUUGACAACCAUCCUAGUACAGAACCCUGUUUUUGGUGUUUGAACAAUUCAUGUUUUUGAUGCCUAGGCCAGAGAGGUCCGCACGCCAGCUGAGCAACAACGAUACUGCAAUGAACGGCUUUCUGAUGGCUACGAUGGAAUGCGCAUGCGCUACCUAGCUUCAUACCCCCCCUGCAUCCAAACAAAGGCGCAGUGGUCAUGAAGCUUUCAAGAUGGAGGCCCUAUGUUAGGCUAAGAAAAUAUCAUGUCAAUCUCUUCCUCGUUGGAUGUUUGUUGGUUACGAUUAUUUACAUUGAAUUGCGUAGUUAUAAAGACGUCAGCAAUGUUCAACACAACAUUGCAUCAAUCGAAACUUUAGAUAAUUACAUCAACGGCAUCGAAGAAGUUCGAGACCAUGCAACUUGGCCUAACCAAGCAGAGGUUACGCAACGGGAGAGUGAUCCGAGAAAUCCACAAAAUAUUCAAAGAAUAGAGAAGUCUUAUGACAAAGCGCUCCCCGUACUCGGAGGAAGUUUUAACAAAAACAAAGCCGCCAUUCACCGCCCUACGCAUUCUGUUUGCAAGGACGUGACAAAAGACAGGCCGAAUUGGACAAUCGUAUUCAAGAAGGGUACUCCUGAUUAUUGCUCAAAACAAAAGUAUUUUAAAUGGGUGAAACGAAUAGUUUUUGCGAACAAAACUGCUCUCUACCGAGGCUGUACAUCCUCAACACAUAAAUGUGGUUAUCUUCCAUAUUUUGAUAACAAAUUGAAAGCGAGGAUAAACGCGCCCCCCUGUUGUCGAAGACACGUGAUUGAAAUUUUCCGGAAUUUUGCGAAACGAAUGGAAGAGUAUAGUGGAAGAUACUUUUUAUUCGGAGGGGGGCUGAUUGGCUGGUACAGAAACAGAUCUGUUGUGCCUUACGACCAUGAUCUCGACAUACUUGUUGACCUAAAUUUCUGGCGUUCAAGCCGAUUUGAAAGCAUGCUGCGAAAGUUAAAAAGAGAACAUGGGUAUUUCAUAAAGAAAAAGAGCUGGAACAAAGUUAAAAUUUAUUACAGUAAGCUAAACCAUAAUUUUAUUGACUUAUGGCCGUUCAGAAGAAAGGGGAAGGACAAAAUAAGAAUUAACUCAUCACAAUGGAAAAUCCAUAAUUUUACACAUGUACUUCCUCUUAAAAAAUCCUCUUUUGAGGGUAUAAAAAUCUGGAUACCGCACGAUCCCGAGGCAAUGUUAACAGCAGAAUAUGGAAAAGGUUGGAGAAAUGAGCUAACUUGUAAGAAGCUUGGUAAAUUCGGAAACUGCCUAGAAUGAGUGGAAAACAAAAUCGUAUUGUUAUUGUUUCUGUGCAGUGGCGAUUUCUGACUUUGUAAAACACGAACACGAGGUACACGAAAUGUUUCUCUUGUAAUUAGGGGGAAACCCCAUUUAAUGACUUAUAAAGUCAUGUCCCUGUUUCGUUUAGAAUACAUUCAACCUUGCAAUGUAUAUUUUUUCAGAAACCAGUAAAUUAGUAAAACUAAAGUGAAAUAUAGAAAAUAGCAACAUUCAUGAAACGUGUGUAUAUGUCAUUGCUGAGCUAGAUCCACUUGUGGUAGGCGAAGCAGAAAUUCCAAUUGAAAUAGUUGGCCAGGCUAAACUGUUUCUAAAAAAGAGCACUUAAAAACGCAUUGAGGGAUGCGUCUUGAACAGCUUUAAUAAGGAAACU